GAAUUACGCGAGCUAAGAUUCCACUUCAUAACUACCUCCAAACUAGAGAGUCACUCAACUCCAUUUCCAAGGUUGGGUCUUUGGCUACUCGUUCUAUGAUACCAUAUCUCACGGUGCGGACUUUUUUCACCGCUACCGAAGCGAUUUUGAACCACCUCGGUUGGCGACAUAUAGGAUAUCUUUCCCGUUCCAGAUACCCUAGUGACAUUCAAUCACUUUUCUACCCCACCUUGGGAAAAGGCUCUACAGUGAGCUAGAUACUAGAGCACUUGAUGGAUCAGUGGGCUCCCCUCCCCUCGAUGUUAAUGAUUUCAAAAAUAAUAAGUACACGUCUAAUAAUCCUCCCAGAAGGAUCCCAUUUGAUAUUGGGGGUACCAGCUGUGGGAACUCGGGUGAUCACGAUUCUUUUGGCAGCCGGAAUGAUAAUCGUGCAAACACGGGAAACCCGUAUAUUCCCAAUCUCGGGCAGACACAACAGGGACGCAUGCCCGGGGCUCAGCGCGGGGGUAUUAUCAACUUUCCCGCCAUAUUUACGGCAAUGUUCUAAUGCGCUAUCAUAAUUAGGAGAAACAUCCAGGCCUUAUCGGAUAAUUCCCUAUUGCAGAAACACCAAGUUCACAGGCCGUAAGGAUCUCAUUGACUUACUAAGGAGGAUUUCCGAGAGUAAAGGGGGGAACCGGAUCGCGCUGAAUGGAUUAGGCGGCACCGGGUAUGUAUUCACUAUUGUUACUAUUGUUUCAAGGUUUCACUAACAUUGCUUAGAAAAACUCAGAUUGCCCUCGAAUACGUUUAUCAGCGGGCAGGGGAGGGCGACUGUGGUAUAUUCUGGGUGCAGGGGAGUGGGGUAGCAAAAUUUAGUGAGGGUUUCAGAACUAUUGCACAACAUGUUCGAAUUCCACCAGCUAGCGCCGAGACAGACGAAGAGGGAUUACUAUUGAAUAUUAAGAGGUGGUUAGAAGGCCCAGACAGUGGCGAUUGGAUACAGGUUAUCGACAACGCCGAUAACGAGGAGGACUUUAUUGACAACCGCGGUCCCAUCUCCAAAUUUGUACCGCAAGGGCCUCGGGGUACUCUAAUAUUCACCACCAGAUCUCCGCUGAUUGCAUCCGGGCAGGAUUGCGAAAGGAUCGAUGUGGGAAAAAUGCAGGAGGAUGAAGCACAAGCUUUGUUUUUGAGACUCGUGGGCAACCGGAACAGUUGGGGAGAUGAAGAAAAAGAAGCGAUCACAAUGAUACUCAAUUUCAUAGAUCACAUCCCGCUGGCUAUCGUAGGAGCGACAGCGUUCAUGAUGGAAAGCCAAACACGGCCAUCUACCUACUGGACCGUUUUGCAGGGAAGCGACGAGCAGGCGAAUAGACUUCUUUCUCGGCCCUUUUACGACAUCCACCGGGAGGCUGAUAUGACCGAAAGCAGCCUCACUACCUACUUUGCCACCUUUGACCGAAUCACACAGAAGACACCCAGAGCGGGGGACCUUCAGCGUCUAAUUUCGCUCUUUGAUCGUCGGAACAUACCCGAAGAGCUAUUAAGUCAUAGUGGCUUGGAAGGGAUGAACGACCCAUUCGAAUUCCGUCAGGCCUCGGGAAUAUUAUUGGAAUUUUCGCUAGUUACGAUAGUCAAAUGUGAGGGCAAAACAUUUUACGAACUUCGCCGUUUGGUCCAACUAUCCUUACAAGAGUAUGUACCAAACGGCCUGUUGUGUCGGUGGAGGUCCACUGCGCUGGGAGUGGUUUCAAGGCUGUUCCCUCACGAUGAGAACGAAAGGGGGUGUGUCGGUUCUGCAUAUAUUCCACAUGUAAUUGCAGUAACCAAAGAUGGAAAGGGCCCCACCGCCGAAAGCCUUCGUGUUCGGGUAGGACACCAUUGUCUAGAUAUGGGUUUCUACCAUGAGGCGGAAAUUCUAUUGCGUCGAUCUAUCACACUCCGAGAAGAGAGCAAAAAGUAUGAGUGGGAUGAGGAAGGUCAGAAGAGAGUUAUACUGCUAGGUGCGGUAAGCGUAUAUCAAGGAAAGGCACAAGUCGCCGAGAAGAUGUUUCGGAAUUUAUUAGAGGACAAUGAGGAAUCAUUGGGACCAAAUAACCCCAGCGUCCUGCAGGCCAUUGACUACCUAGCUAUGGCGCUACGAUACCAAGGAAAGUACCAUGAAUCGGAAGCUAUGAAUCGGCGUGCACUAGAGGGGCGCAAGGAGAUUCUUGGGCCGGACCACCCGGACACCCUAACAAGUGUUGACAACCUAGCUAUCAUGCUGCAACACCAAGGAAGGUAUUACGAAUCAGAGAAAAUGAAUCGGUAUGCACUUCAGGGGCGUGAGAAGACUUUUGGACCAGACCACCCACGCACCCAAACGAGUGCCAACAGCCUGGCUAUGGUGCUGCAAUACCAAGGAAAGUACCAUGAAUCGGAGCAGAUGAAUCGCCGUGCUCUGGAGUGUAGCGAGAAGAUCCUUGGUCCAGACCACCCGGACACCCUGUCAAGUGCCAACAACGUGGCUAUUUUGCUGCGAUACCAAGGAAAGCACGGCGAAUCGGAGGCGAUGAAGCAGCGCGUAUUAGAGGGGUAUGAGAAGAUUUUUGGGCCGGAUCGCCCUGAACAACUAACAACUAUCAACAAUCUGGCAAUUGUUUUGCAAUACCAAGGAGAGUACAAUGGAUCAGAGACGAUGAACCGGCGUGCACUGGAGGGGCGCGAGAAGUUUCUCGGACCAGACCACCCAGACACUCUAAUAAGUGUCACCAACCUGGCUAUAGUCCUAGGAUUCCAAGGAAAGUAUAGCGAAUCAGGGACAAUGUAUCGGCUUGCUCUAGAGAGACAAAUGAAGAUUCAUGGACCAGACCAUCCUGACACCCUGUCAAGUGCCAACAACUUAGCCACCUUACUGCGGUUCCAAGAAGAGUGUGACGAUGCCGAGACUAUUUGGCUGCGUGCACGGCAGACACUACCAGGAAACCAAGACAAUACAUGGCCACCGUUUGCCGGCCCUGUUCGUUGUUUCCGGAGAACUUUAGAUUCUACAAGGCCGUUGGACCAACCUAGUGAUUCAUUUCACCGCAGGCAAUAUUUCGGUUGCAGUGGGGGCGGGGAUUGGCUAGUAUUUUCUCCCGGCUCAGGGUACUCCCGCAUUACACGGGGUGGGAUGGCAGACUGUGCGGGAUUGGGGAAGUGAUGAACGAGAGGACGUUUUUGGCAGGCUGGAGAAGCAUAGAUCGGAAAUGUUGCGAAUUUAUACCUUAUUUCGAAUAUCAUUUCCUACCAUUUGUUUUCCCUUUUAGCAAUACAUUGGUUCAUGUUCAAUGGGAAAUGAUAAUUUAUGCCUUCUCACCCG